AAUAUUAAUAAAAGCAAACUAAUUAAAAAUAAAAUUUCGCUACGUGAAAUAUCUCAGAUUUUUUAGAGCACAUUUAAAGACAGAAUUCCUUUGAUGAGUAAAAACGGACUUAAAUCGAUGCCCAGCCCUAGUUCUAAUAGGGCGGUGAUAUCGGACUUCCCAGCUUAGAACAGAAAACUAGUUUCUGAAAUCUCUAUGAAAAUGUCUGUGGAAGAUACGGAACAAGACGUGUUUACUCCAGAUGCAGGAAACCAGGAGGGUUUAACUCCGGAGAAGCCGCGAGUAAAGUGGGUUCCACGUCCCCUGGAGAAUAUAUGUGGGGUGUGUUCUAGUCCUGCAACUGAUGUUCAACAUUAUGGUUCCAUCACGUGCUAUUCUUGCAGAGCAUUUUUCCGGCGAAGUGUUGGUAACGGAAAGGAGUAUACGUCCUGCGCCAGAGGUUCGGAUAACUGUAUCAUUGACCCGAUUAACAGGACAAACUGUAAAAAAUGCAGAUUUAGCAAAUGCUUGAAGGUUGGGAUGAAGCCGGAGAAGGUUGAUAGAACUACGAGGAAAAGGGAAUCUUUAAAGAAUUCCAUCCAGAACAACUCUAGUCCUGUCAGCUUAGAUAUAAUCAACUCUAGUCCAAGCAACUCCAUCCAAACCAAACCCAGUCUCAAAAGCUCCAUCAAAGCUGAGCACAGGCAUGGUGUCUCCAUUCCUAUAGUUUCACGUUCUGGCACCAUUUCUUUGAACAGUAGUUCUGACGCAUCCAUUUCUAUUAAUUCCAGUCCAGGUUCUAUUUCUAUGGACUCCAGUCCUGUUGGUUCCAUUGCUAUGAACCCAAGUCCUUUCUACUCAUUUCCUAUAAACUAUAGUCCCGACUUCUCCUUUCCUAUGGACUACAGUCCUGUUUCCUUCUCUCCCAGUAACCCCAGUUCUACUGGUUGGCGAUCAAGUCACAACAUUUCUGAAACCCCAGUCACAGAAUCUCAUUCACCCUUGGACACAGAGUUCAAUCUUAUUCCAUUCCAGGAUUCAGAAGAUUUUGGAGUUAAUAUUGAGCUCCUGGUUGAGGAUUGCUUUAACGAGGAGAUUCUUGAGAAAAUACUGGAAGAAACAACAAGCAUUCCACCAUCAAUAGAAACAACAGACAUGACGUUUGAAGAAGAGUUCCGAAUACAUGAGCUCAUGGUUCGAAAAGAACAUAUGUUUUCAAUCAUCUUUCAACAAUUGAGGCAAUUACCAAGAUUUAUGACCAUGUUUCGGAGAUUUCUGCUUUCUAUCAACGAAGGAAGUUACAGAAAUGAAGAGAGGAGUCCAAUUGAAAUUAUUACACAUAUCUUAAUGCACCAAUCUAAAAGGAUUGUUCCAGUAACGUCUCCCCUGUUUGAAGCUAUUGAUGAGGUGUGUAGAGGAGUGGAUCCUAAAACUAAAAUGGAGACUCUGAUGUUCACGUUUCCUGUUCUACAGCUGUGCACGAGAGGUCUGUUACAAGCUAAUGUUGACAAGGGAUAUUUCCUGUCCCAGCAUGAAGCGGCAGGAACUAUGAACCCUGAGAUACGAGAAGCAUAUAAGGAAGCUCUUCAGGGUUUCCAGGGGAGCGCAGAAACCUUACCCUUGGUGAAGAGCUUCUCACCCCUCAGCUUGCAAAUGUUUGUGUCUCCUUGGGCUUCAAGCUUUCAAGACGAGAUAAAGUUUAAUGAGACAAUGAAAACCCUGGGAGACCUGGUGAAAGAUGAUGUUAAGCUUGGAACUAUUUACUUCUUUCUACUUCUUUUAACUCCAUCUUCAACAUCGACAGCCAGGGGAAACCCCGGUCUGCAGAGAUCUACAAAGGAGAUGUCUCUUCUCAUCUUUCGGUAUCUCAAAUCCAAAUACAGGAACAGUCUCUUAGCCAAUCAAACCUCAGAUGCACUCAUGAGAUUGAUCCCUGACCUUCAUGAGUGCACUGACAUCCAUCUGAACCGUAGAAUAUUCGGCAGUUUAGACGGUUCAGAAUUUAUUCAAGCUUUACAGAACACUUUAAAGAAAAAGCUAAAUUUGACAUGAUCAAGUUUUAACAGAAGAUGAUUGAUAUCUCAAUCAUUUUUGAUCAUUCAAUCGUUUUUAAGAGCACAAAGUUAACAUUCAUGAACACUUACUGGUGAACAUAAUUCUGAUUCUGUAACUUGAACACGUGUUCUUAGUAAUUUAUUGCGUUAAGAAAAUGUGUCCCAAUAUUUUCAUUAAAACAAAUUUCUAAUGAUAUUAUUGAAUGGCAACUUAUUUGAUUUACAGAAAUUUGUAGUCCUUUCAUUUAUCUUGUUCUUGACCUCAUUUACCAAAAUAUAUAAAAAUGUACAAGGUACAUGGGAUCACUCCUUCACCGUAAUAUUUCAUGAUUCUUAUCCGAAAUUAACAAUAUAAAUUUGCUUUUUCUAUAAGUGGUGCUUCUCCAUUUGUUAUAUAGAGGUGUAAGGUUCGGAAAUAAUGUUUAUUUUGCAGUGAACAUGUAUAAUUUGAAACUAAUGUUAAUUUGAACAUAUAUAAUAUCUAUUUACGUCAUUGUAAUGGGUAUUAUCAUGUGCGAUCAAAAUGAAAGUGUUUUCACGACUCACUACGUUCAAUGAGAAAAUAUAUUUUGAUUUUAAUAUAGAACAAACUAGAAAAAGUAAAAAUGCCGACAAAUACUUUUUUUCAAAGCUCAUUAAAAUGACAUAAAUGUAGUUUUAUUCAACUUCACUCAACUUAAUAAUAUGUUAGAAAUUUGAAGAACAAUACAAUAUAUACAUAUGUAUAAUGCUGUUUUGCCUUAUAUGUUGAAAAUAAAAUUCAAUUAUUUUUUUUU